AUGGCGGUAACAACAUUCCCCUCCGAUUCCUCCAUGGAAUCGGUGAAGCUCGCCGUCCGGUCAACUGCGACCUGCUCGAAUGCCACAGUACUCUCUCUGCAGGGUCUGUUCCGGGGUGGAUCGAAAGCGUCAGAGACAGAAGGCAAUCUUACAUCGAGACGGGCGGGCCGGAGUACGAAAGAAUCAACAACGAGUGCGACUCGCGGCAGAGCGACAUCCCGGGCGACGUCGAAAACAACAACAUUGAAUGUGGAGGCGCGGUUAUCAUCUCACGAGCGGCUCGUGCUUGCUACUGAGGUGUUUAAUACUACGUUAAAGACUCUCUCCGAUGCAGUUAAGCUGUCCUCCUCGAAACGCCAGAACGACCCCCGGUCCUCCUCGACACCCCUUCAACUCGCUUCGCCAAAUAACGCGGGACGAUCGCCGAAGAAGUCGAAAUUAUCGAAAUACACACAACUCGACACUGCUGCAGUGGAUCAGGGCCUGCUUUCAGUAGCAGAAUGUGCGAGGUCAGCACUGUCAUGUUUGCGGUCGCUGAAAACCGAACAGGGGCAAGAUGAGCAGGGGUUGAAUAUGCAGCUUGAACAGGGAGCUUGUGUGCUUGCAGGAAGGUACUUGUCGCUGGGUCUGAAUGAUUUGGCGUACAAGGAGCUGCGGGCUUUGAAGAGAAGGAUACAGUCUUACCUGGAUAGUGUGAGCUCGAAGAAGACCACGGGCAGUUCGAGAAAAACAACUGCUCAGGAGGAAGAGGGGAAAGAGCGGAUGUCUGAUCUCCUUACGUUUACGAGUAUUGCGAAUGCGAAAUCGGUGCUUGGGCUGCUUGUUACGUUUCAGUCGAAUGCGCUGCGAUUACUUGCCUCUGAGAAACGACCGGCUACGACGCAGAAGGUUUGUUUGUCGCUGCAAUUGUCUGACCAGAGUAGUCCGGCUUCGGUGAUCAUGGCUGCGGUGGAAUCUGGGAGUCUUACCAAGGACAAAGCUGCGCUUCAGUUACAAUUGCUAUCGAGCACCGUUCUCUCCAUGGCCUCCGGAUCUCAAACCGAUGACUCUACGAAGGACCGUUUACGACCGAUAACGACGCUGACCCUCCAGCUGCUGUCUAUGGAGAUGCGAAGUAUGGGAUGGAAACUGUCCGGUCACAUCUGCGAGGAAGGGAAAGAGCUCUGGGACCCGUUAUCACGCUACCUCGCAAGUUUCGCCCAUCACAAUAAAGGAAUCGAGAAGUCCGAGUUCGCUGUUUUAUAUAAAACCAUUGUUCGACUCCAAUCCGCCAUCGCGAAGCCGGAACGGAAAUUGUCUACCACGCAAGUCCAUUCCGUGGCACGAAUUGCGACUAUUCUGGGCCAGCUUGCUCAGGAUGCAGACUGUGUGGAGGAGGCUUUGCAACUGUUUACAGAGGCCGUUAAACCCCUUUUGGAUGGACAGUGUCUGUCCCUGGCUACGGUGCGCUGCAAGAUCGCGUCGCUUCAUUUUCAGCGCAUCAAGUCUUCAAAAUCCUCCCACGGUGAAAUCGCAAAUGCUGUGUCCGAAGCCUCAGCAGCGCUGGCUUUGCAACUGAAGGGUAGCGCCGGCGACUUGGACGAACUUUUGGUGGAGGCAGCGAAGCUAAAGAAGAUUUCGAUGGCAUGGCUAGGAGACGCAGUCACCAAGGACAAGAGCAAGAGUGUGGCAGACGACAUUCCGGAUCGGAUACGCGAAUAUCUCUACGGCUUUCUACGCUUCCUGCGCCGUUACGUUGGACGCCAACCCACCGAAGACAGCGAGCAGAAGGAGCAUGAAACAUUCGAAAAGCGAGUCACCGCAUGCAAGAAUAUCAUCCUGGCAGCUAUCGAUUCGGCAAUUGCCAUGGGUAAACUGUCGGUUAUGUCGCAGAGUCCACCAUGGGACGAAAUGCUUUCAAUUCUGGUGGACUGUCAACGCCUCUUGAUGACCAUCGGUGUCGCCUCGAAGAACUCGGACUCGGACAGCGGAAUGGGGCUUGUGAAGUUGUCGAAUCUCUUCUGGUCUCGAUAUAUAAAGGAGAAGGAGUGUGGGAAGGACUACCGUUCGCUGGUGCCGCUUUUGAAGCACUCAACAAGUCUGCUUUCUGGAUGCUCGGCUUCGCAGCGGAAUACCGGGUUUGCGGCCCUCAAGUAUGAGAGACUUGCGCACCUCUAUAUGGAUGGCAAUAUGGGAGCCGAAUCCGACAAGGCCUUUUGUCAGUCAAUUAGCGAACACAUUGACGCUGGAGCUCUGGAUCAAGUUGCUGUUGAUGCUGCCGGAAACUAUCCGCAUCGCGCUUGCCAGGACCCGAAGAGCGGUGGUUUCAUGCUUGGUCGUGCUAUUUCCGGAUAUGUAAGGAUGAAACUGCGUAACAGGACCUCGGAAUCGGCCGAAGUGUUCGACAAUCAGCAAUUGGGCCUGGAGCAACGGGGACUUGUGCUGGAAUGGCAGAUGGGCCUUCUUACUGAGCUGCAUGCGCAUGCUUACAGUGACGAGAUCUUCCGCUCCACAUUCAGCUCUGUUGCCUCUAGGCUUCUCGAUAUCUACACACGCCAGUCCUACCCUAUUCGCCGCAUGCGUGCUAUGCUAUGCACUAUGCGAUUUUUACUCGAGCGUCCGAGCGCUUUGGAAUCGGAGGUACUCGAAAAUAUUGUGGACGAGUGUGUGGAAUUCAGCGAGCACGGAUCCCUUGGCAACGAUUAUAAACUGGCUGUUUAUGCAACUCACAUUCGGAAUGCUCUACAGCUCACUGUUCGACUACACCAAGGCAAUCUGCAACCUUUCGAGCUCAAUCAGAUUAUUUCGUCGUGGACCUCCAUGGUGGCAGAUUGCCAUGAUUGGCAAUCACUUGGGUCGUGUAUCGUCGAUGUCGAUUACUGGAUUCUUCAACUCAAGGCUAUUGUUGAUUAUACCGAGAUUCAUGGAUUGUGGAAAGUGCAGCUUUCGGCACUCGAGUUGGUCUUGCGCGUCACCGAACUGCAAGAAUCUGGCGACUUUUCCGAAGCGAUCAUCGUUCUUUCGCGGCUGGUGCUGCAGUACUGUCGACUUGGUCACUGCAAGAAGGCCAGUGGUUUGCUCGUUCGCGCGGACCAAUGUCUUCGUAGCAACGAGGUCUCUUGUCUGGCAACUCUGUCGUACAAGCUGGCUCGAGGGGAGUAUCUUCUCGAGACCGGCGAGAUUGAGAAGGCUGCUGGUAUUCUCGCGACGGCCAGGACGCUCUACGAGAAGAAUCAGAAACAGCAGGACUUGAACAACUGCUCUGUUCUGUCAAAAAUUGCUUGGGAGCGCUUGGUUGCAGAUGCGGCGUUCAUUAACUCCCGACUUUCCUUUGCUCAGGGAUCUAUCACUCACGCACUAUUUUUCGCUAAGCUCUCCGUGAGAUUGAACUGCCGGAUCUGGGCCAAGGUUGAGAAGCUUGCUCAACGGAAGCAGGGCAAAUCCUUGCAAGCAAGCAGCAGUACCGAGAUCGAUAGUGUUGUGGAAGGCGUGGCGAAGCUCGACGUCUCGCAAGCGAUUUCGACGGAACCGGCUGUCAGCUAUUUCCAGGGCGCACCCUUUUGGCCUCACGUCGGCUCUCACCAUACCUCCUUGCUUAACCUGGCGAGUCUGUCAGCGCACUACGGUCUUUUCCAAGAUGCGGUCUACUACGGAGAACAGGCGCUCAAGGUCAACAAAACGCUCAAUGCUAAUGUCCGCUUAGUCGCCUCUCAGACACAGCUUGGAUCACAUUGGAUCUACGGUGGACGUGUAUCGGAGGGACAGCAGCUUCUGGAAUCUGCUGCCACGUUGGCGAGGCAGCUAGACAGCAGUAUCGAGCUUGUUUCGCUGCAGAUGGGUCUUGCUUCGCUUCAUCGCGCAAUGGGCCAGUAUCGUGAGGAGCAUCGCGCGCUUCUUGAGGCUGACAAAAUUAUGUCCCAGGUCAUUCUUUCUGAGGCGGAGACUUCGCCGACAGCUGUUGCGGAUUUGGAGGAUAAGAUGGAUAAAUUGCUGAUUCGAAGCGCUACUGGUACACGGAGGACGAGACAGCCGGCAACAACGGCCGCGACACGGAGCACUCGUGCUGUGUCUUCGUCUGCACGAACUACUUCUCGGAAGACCUCAAAUCCCACCGCGGAGUCAUCUGCUGUCGAGUCGAAGUCUCUUCUGCAACUGCGAACCGACCUCCUUAGGCACCAAGCUGACUGCUCGCGAGCACUGCGCGACUUUGAUAACGCGACGAACCUGCUUAGCGACGCACGACAGUAUGCUUUUUCCCGGGAUAGCCAGAUCUCCCUGCACAUCGGGGAAAGCGAACACCUUCUCGCCGAUGCGAUUCGCCAUUUCGCCACGCACGCCGUAUACUGUGUGCUCCCCGAGUCCACCAUCUCCCUACCAUCUCUGGAGUCCCCGAAAAAGAAUGCCGAGGAGCCAUCUGCGCCUUCAUCAAAGCCACUUACAGUACGAAAGACACGAGCACCUGCCCGGGGAACGCGCUCCAAGACCCCGAAGGCUAGCGAGGACUUUGCGGAUAUGUUGUCCAAGGCGGGAGAGUGUCUUAACAAUAUCUUCGGUACUGUUACGGCCCUUGGAUCCACGCUUGAUAGUCAUGCGGCUUCGAGAUUGAUGAGUCGGAUUUCUAUGUUGUCGCAGACUACGGCACCUGGUUGUUCGACACCGUGGUCUCAGGCGCCGGCUAAUGUUAAUGAAAUCGGUCGUAUUGGCGCUUUCAACCGCGAGCGUGUGGCGAUUAAUCUCGACAAGCACCUGGCAGACGUCAAUGACCCGCUGCUUUGGCCAUCGACGUCGCUGUCAUCGCCCGUGGACCUCGAACAUGAUCUCUGCUUGAACUUUACGAAAGACUACGUCGACAUCCUGCCCGACAGCUGGAACGUCCUUUCUCUGUCGCUGAGCGCGGAUUGCACGGAAUUCGUUGUUUCGCGUCUGCGCAAGGGCCAAACGCCAUUCCUGUUACGCCUUCCGCUGAAGAGAGGAAACUCGGACGAGGAUGACGAAGAGCAGUUUACCUUCGAAGAUGGGCGGGAAGAGAUGCAGGAGCUUAUCAAACUGGCCAACGAGAGUGCGCAUGCCGCCAAGGCUCAGGUGGAUAAGCAGAUGAAGAAGCAGUGGUGGAAGAACCGCGAGGCGCUUGACCGGCGGAUGGAAAAUCUGCUGCAGAAUAUUGAGAAUGUCUGGUUUGGUGGAUUCCGCGGUAUUUUCUCGCCCGUAGCAAGGGAGGGUGAUGCUUUGUCGCGGUUUGCGAACUCGUUCCAUAAUAUUCUCGACAAGCAUCUUCCAUCGCGGCAGAAGGGUGGAAGGUCGACGACGGGUCCGAAGUUGACGCUUCAUCGUAACGUGCUUGAGUUGUUCACUGGGAUCAAGGAUUUGGAGGAGCAGGAGGACCCGGAGGAGACCUUGAUGGAUCUUCUAUAUUUUGUGGUCGAUAUUCUGCAGUUCCAAGGAGAGCGCAAUGCCUACGACGAGAUCGACUUUGAUAUGAUGGUCGUGGAGACGCUUGAUUCGCUGAGAGGGUACCACGACACUGUGCGGAACGAGAUGGUCAACCCGCAGACUAGCCACACUGUUCUGGUCCUCGACAAGGCUCUCCAUCUGUUCCCGUGGGAGUCGCUUCCUUGUCUGAAGGGAUCACCAGUUUGCCGUGUGCCGUCGUUGGAGUGUCUGCGCGACCGCGUUAUCCGAUUCCGAAGCGAGCAAGGCGACAAGAGCUCUCGACUGACUAUUGACCGCAAAAACGGUACCUACAUCCUCAACCCAACAGGCGACCUACAGACAACGCAGGCAACCUUUGAAACCGACCUCAGUCGCAUGGACCACUGGAACGGAAUCGUCAACCGCCAACCAUCCGAAGACGAAUUCCGUGAGGCCCUCGAAAGUAAGAGCCUAUUCCUCUACUUCGGUCACGGCAGCGGAGCACAAUACAUCCGCGGCCGCACUAUCAAGCGCCUCGACCGCUGCGCAGUCGCCUUCCUAAUGGGUUGCAGCAGCGGUACCCUGACCGAAGCAGGCGAGUACGAGCCGUACGGCACACCCAUGAACUACCUACAAGCGGGUAGUCCGGCACUCGUCGCGACGCUCUGGGACGUAACCGACAAGGACAUUGAUCGGUUUGCGCAGGCUACGUUUGAGAAAUGGGGUCUUAUUGGUGGUCAGGGGGAGGGUGAUUCGAAGGGCAAGGGACGGGCUCGGUCUCGGUCUCGGUCUCCGCAGUCUGAUGCGGUGGCUUUGGAUGAGGCUGUUUGUCAGUCGAGGGAGGCGUGUGUUUUGAGAUAUUUGAAUGGAGCUGCGCCGGUCAUUUAUGGGGUUCCUUCUGUGUUUUUGGAGUGA